UGUAUUUGUUUACAUCAUUAAAUCAAUGCAUUACGGUUAAAAUAUCUGUGCUGUGUAUUAUAGAGGGUGAGAGUGUAUUAGCCUCAUUACCGGAACGAAACGAACACUGGAAAUUGCAUGCAACUCAAACUCUCGAAAUCGCUGGAAAUUUUCAAAACAUCCAUACCAACUCUUUUAAAACAAAAACCAAAGAAAACGAAAAAAAAUUUCAUUUUCCAGAGAAGUUCAAUAAAAUUCAAGAACAUAAAAGAUUGCCAAAGAGUGGGUGGGUUACAUAUGCGGAUGGGGCUGAUGAAGGCGGUUUUCGAAGAUACACUAUCCACACAAAUAUUGCUCCCAUUUCCGAUAUAUCUACUCGAACCAUUCCAUGCCACAUGUGUGCUUGCUUUUCUGUGCCGCUAAAAACAUUCAGCCAGCAUGCGUCCAAGUCCCAGAAGAAAUUAAAAUACUCACAUAAAUAUUUUAGUCAGUUGUUGCCGCCGCUGUAACUUCGUGCCUCAUUGGAAUUAGCGCGUUUUUUCGCACACAAAAAACCAAUUGAAACCUUUCAAUACGUCGAUUUUCGAUUUAUUUUUGUAUUAGUCUGUGUGUAUCAAUCUAUCUAUCUAUCGUUAGUGCGGGACUUCUUUUUCGUUCUAUAUAAUCUCUCUGAUGCGCCUUGUGGUGCCUUGUAUGUUAGUUGUAAUUCUAACACCCGUGCCGCAGCCAAUUUAAACAGCCAACCCAUUUGCCAGCAUUCGCGUUCGCUAUCUAUCUCUAUCGACCCGAACGCAUUUUGUGUAAUUAGUUUCAAAUAGAAGUAGUAAUUACGGGAUUAAUCGAAGCACCUGAUAUACCCCAGUAGUUUUGUUCUAGAAUUCUUAAAAUUUUGUGUUUUAUUUACUUUUACCUGUCAACCUUUUGGAAGUAUUCGUAAUAAAAAAUUAUAAAAUUAUCAAAAAUGGAGAGCGCUUGUGAUGUUUACCUGAUGCCAGAAUACUCGAAUUAUUAUGAUUAUUUAUUGGUACGUACUGAUACGACUUUUGAAAAUUUGAUGAACCGUGCCCUUCAGCUUAAACCAGCGGAUAGUGAAAGUCGUGGCGAUCGUAAACUGUUUGUUGGUAUGCUAAGUAAGCAGCAAACGGAAGAGGAUGUAAGACAAUUGUUUAAUGCGUUUGGGACAAUUGAAGAGUGCACCAUACUACGUGGACCGGACGGCGCCAGCAAGGGUUGUGCUUUCGUAAAGUUUAGUUCCCAUCAGGAAGCUCAAACAGCUAUAACUAAUUUACACGGAAGUCAAACUAUGCCGGGUGCAUCAUCGAGCCUUGUAGUAAAAUUUGCUGAUACUGAAAAGGAAAGGCAUAUCCGACGCAUGCAACAAAUGGCGGGUCAUAUGAAUUUAUUAAAUCCGUUUGUAUUCAAUCAAUUUGGACCUUAUGGUGCUUACGCUCAGCAACAACAAGCCGCACUAAUAGCAGCUGCAAACGCCCCAGGGACUUACAUUAAUCCAAUGGCAGCAUUAGCAACGCAAAUACCUCACGCUCUAAAUGGUAAUGGUCAGCCAGUUAAUGGAUCGAUUCCAUCACUACCAUCGCCGACAAUGCCAACAUUUAAUAUGGCUGCACAAACUCCAAAUGGCCAGCCCGGUGGCACCGAAGGUGUUUAUACAAAUGGAAUUCCACAAACUUAUCCAGGACACAACGGAAUAUUGCAGCAAGAAUAUUUAUGUUUUCCAGAUGCGUUGCAUUUAUCAAUUCCCCCACAAGGUUUACCUAAUGGUGAAGCGUCACUGCAACAUGCCUCAUAUCCUGGCAUGCAACCAUAUCCUGGUGUCGCAUAUCCAGCCGUUUAUGGACAAUUUCCACAAGCUAUACCAGCACCAAUAGCUGCGGUUGCACCGUCUCAAAGAGAAGAUUUCCUGAUGUUCCCAGGAUGUUCAAUUUCUGGCCCAGAGGGUUGUAAUUUGUUUAUCUACCAUCUACCACAAGAAUUUGGUGAUGCCGAACUAAUGCAGAUGUUCCUGCCAUUUGGUAAUGUAAUCAGUUCGAAAGUUUUCAUCGAUCGUGCUACAAAUCAGAGUAAAUGUUUUGGAUUUGUAUCAUUUGAUAAUCCUGCCAGUGCUCAAGCUGCCAUUCAAGCAAUGAAUGGCUUUCAGAUUGGCAUGAAAAGACUGAAAGUUCAAUUGAAGCGGCCAAAAGAUGCUAGUCGACCCUAUUAACAACACGAGUUCUCGAAAGUGAAGAAAGAAAUGCCAGAUGAGCCUCCGGAAUGGAAAAUUCAAUAAAAAACAAACCAAAAAAAAACUCGAUUUGAUAUAAUAAAAAAUAGAAAAAUUUGCCAAAUAUCGUAUUUAAAUUUAUAAAAAUAAAAACACACAAUUUGAACAACAGCAAAAAAAACUUUAAAAAAAUCAUUUGUUAGCGUAUUUUAAUUAAUGAUAAUUAUGAUUAUAAAAACAAAAAAACCAAAAAUUAAAAAAAAAUAAAAAAACAAUAUUAUAUUGUAUAAAAAAUAUAUAUAUAUAUUAUACACUGACUGGAGAGCGACCAAUAUGAUCUGGGGUUUUCAAACAAUUUUUAUACAAAAAAAAAUAUAAGAAAAAAUAUUAAAAAAAAAAAUAAUUUAACAAAAAAAAAAAACACGUGGGAAUUUGAAGGAAUUUAAUAUAUCUUUAAAUAUUUAUAUAAACAAAAAUCUUAAAAAAAAAAAAAAACAUGAAAAUAUAAAAACUUGUAUUAUAAAACCAAAAUAAAAAAAAAAAUUCACUUUCAUCAAGCAUAAUUUGGAAGCUACAUUAUUAUUAUAAAAAAAAAUAUAUAAUAAAUAUAUAUAUUAAUAUAUAUUAUAUUAUAAUAUAUAUUGAAGGAUAUAAAUAAAAAUAAGCAAGGAAGAAGUAAAAGAAGGAAAAAGAAAAAAAAAACAUAACAAUUCGAAUUUACCUUAAUGUUGUAACAUUUAUUUAAAUAGUUUUUUGUUUUUUGUUUCAAAAUAAAAAAAAAGUCGUUGAU